GCGCAAGAAUGAUCAGGGAACAAAAAAAAAAACUGUGCUUUUCUUCUUCAGUGGUUCUCUCCUCUCCCUCUCCUGGACAGAAAUUCAUCGACUUUCCUUCGUUUUCUUCCAUUUUCUCGGAAAAGUUGCAAAUUUUUGUCAGUGGUCGUAAUCUGUGAUUCAUAUUUGGAGUACUUGGCUUCUUAGAGAAUGAAAGCUUUACGCUUGUUGCGAUCUACCACUAGACCAUAUGGCGUCAGGAGCUACGCGGUCGGACGCAAGACAGAGCUUCGGAUUCAUGGAGUUAAAGAUGUAAUUGCCGUCGCCUCCGGUAAAGGCGGAGUUGGGAAGUCGACCACGGCUGUUAAUUUGGCCGUUGCACUAGCCAACAAAUCCCAAUUGAAGGUUGGAUUGCUUGAUGCGGAUGUCUAUGGACCAUCUGUUCCAAUCAUGAUGAAUAUUCAUCAAAAGCCUGAAGUGAGCGAAGAUAUGAAGAUGAUUCCAGUUGAGAACCAUGGGGUUAAAUGCAUGUCAAUGGGACUCCUUGUAGAGAAGGAUGCACCAAUUGUGUGGAGAGGCCCUAUGGUAAUGAGCGCUCUUGCAAAAAUGACAAGGGGAGUUGAUUGGGGAAAUCUUGAUAUUCUUGUUGUGGACAUGCCACCAGGCACUGGUGAUGCCCAAAUAACCAUAUCCCAAAAUCUGCAACUCUCAGGUGCUCUAAUUGUUUCAACUCCUCAAGAUGUUGCCCUCAUUGAUGCUCAUCGAGGAAUUUCCAUGUUCGAGAAAGUUAGAGUACCUAUUUUGGGACUUGUGGAGAACAUGAGUUGCUUUGUGUGUCCUCACUGUAACGAACCUUCUUUCAUCUUUGGUAAAGAAGGAGCACGAAGGACUGCAGUGAAGAAGGGUCUGAAACUUGUUGGUGAGAUUCCGCUUGAAAUGAAGAUUAGAGAAGGUUCUGACGAAGGUCUACCGGUAGUUUUGUCCUCUCCCGAUUCUGUAGUGUCUAAAGCUUAUGGAGAAUUAGCUCAGAACGUUGUGAAUAGACUGAAGGAGCUUGAAGAAAACCCGGAGAAUGAAGCUCACAUUAAACUGGACAUCCCAAGCCCUGGUCGAGCAUCAUAGAUAAUGGGCAAAGGGAAAAGGCUUUUCUUCUCAAAGAUGAAGAGAAAUAUGCUGGGUUUUCCAUUGUUUUAGAGAAGACCUGAGAAGAAAACAUUUGAAAGACACAGCAUAUAGAGCUUUCUCUGAAGCUGUUGACCCAGUAUCCCAAUGGUAGAAACGCCUGUUUUGUCCACUCGAAGGCUCUCUAAUUGGUACUUUACCAACAUGUUGAAGGUUAUUUUUUCUUAUAAAGCUCAGCCCAAAAUUCGAUUCA